GUACAAGCGGGGAACACAAAUGGAAUAUGGCGGAGAAUGGGUCGUUUUUACGCUUAAAGUUGAGGUCGCAAAUGCGGCCACAGAUCAGCAAUGAUGUCCAAACAAAUACCAUACAUUUAUCAGAAUCUGCAUCACAAAAAAAAACUGCUGCACAAAGGUCAAAGAAUUACAGGGACAAAAUAAAACAAGACCCUGAAAAAUAUAUUGCAUACUUAGAAAGAGAAAAAGAACGAAAUAGAAAAUGGAGGGAAAAUUGGUCUUCUGAACAAAAAAUCAAUCAGAGGGAAAAAACGAGGUUACGAGUACGUAAAUGGGGAGAAGAAAGAAAACCAGAGGAAAUUGUUAAAUUAAAAAAAAAACCUAAACCAAAAACACGUGCACAAGUAAGUUCAGAAAGAGAAUACUGGCAGAGAAAAAAAGAAGAACAACGAGCAAAGUACUCAAGCCAAAAGAGAAGAAGAAUUAAUGAAAAAAGGCGGUUGCAAUACAAAUUGAAUAAAUCCAAGAGCACAACUGAAAACCUAAUGCCAGCUGAAUCAACAGAAACUCACCAAGGGUAUUCAACAAAGGAAGCAGAAAGAAAGGCUGUGUACAGAGCCUCGUUGCAUCUACCUUCAUCACCUGAAAAGUUUGCAUCUGUAGUUGGGGGGUUGACUGCUAAGGCAACUCCAAGAAAAAGAGAAGCAUUGACCAAACAUGGCCUUUUACUGACACCAACAAAAAAAAGACAUCUUAGGAUAAGCCAAGAAAUAAUCUGCAAGAUGAAAGAUGAUUUGCAUAAAACCAGAAAACAUCGCACUAAGGAGGUUUUAAAGAAAAGAAGACUUUUAACUAGCUUCAUACUUAAAGAUGCUGAAAAGAGAAAGGCUGGCAUUUCUUGGAAAUUUGCAGUUAAAUGUUCAAAACUUAAAGAUGUAUGGGAAGAAGAUUCUGAAACACCAAAAAGAAGUGAUGCUUUGACAGAAGAUACAAUUGACAAGAUAGAAAAAUUCUACAAAGAUUUUGACACUGUAUGUCUGCCGGAUAAAAAACAGGCAUCAUUGAAAUCUGAAGAACCAAAAAGAAUCUUGCAGAGCAGUUUAAGGGACAACUACAAUGAAUUCCUUAAAGAAAACCAAGAAUGUACAUUAAAUUUUUCCAAGUUCACUGCACUAAGACCCAAGACUGUACAGACUAUGAGUAAAUCUAUUUUUAACAAUUGUCUUUGUGAGUAUUGUACAAAUAUUCAAUAUAAAGUAAAGGCACUAAAUAUUAAAGGAAUUAACACCAGAUAUGACUUGUUAGCAAGAACUGUAUGCCAAAAACCAGAAGGAUCUAGAUAUUACAAAAUUGAAUGUUUUAAAAGGUUAUGCAAAUUAUGUGGGGUAGAUAAGUUUAUUUCCCAGUUAGACUUGAACAAAAGGCAUAUUAUACAAUGGUAUAAAUGGGAAACGCAGACGUAUAUGCAUGCAAAUGAAAAAAAAUCAAAGAAGGUUCUAAGUUUAAAGAAAGAGAGUGAACUUCACUUGAAUUCAGACAUGUGA